CUGACGCAAACGCCCGCCCCUGCCCAACACCAAGGAAAAUGCUCUUGUUGGUUUUAAUUGAGGCUCUUCGUUUCACACACACACACACAGAGAGACACACACGCACACGCACGCACACACACACACACGCACACACACCUCGGUCCCUACCCCUGGGAGGCGACCCCCCCUCCCCGCCCCAGCCCGCUUGCCGCGGCGCGAGGAGUCUGGCCCGGCUGCAGGGCUCCGCAUCCUGGCGCAGCUCUCGCCGCCCGCCGCCGCCGCAGGUUCUCUGCUGGGGAAAACGCCUUGAAGUCCCCUUUAAUCCGCUGACACUAUCGCCCACAUCAAACAGGCGGCCAUCGAUUGCGUUCCUUCAGGGAAUCCCGUUACAAACGGCGCCCGCAGGUGGGCGGCUGAGCCGAGCUCGCCGGGUGCCCGGCGCAGCAGGCGAGACGCGAGCACAGAGGCCAGCCAGCUCCGCGUCACCGGCGGGGACCGCCAGGCGAUGCCCAACUUGCGGGUCCCAACCCGAGGCCCCUGCCUGCCGCGGAGACGUGAGCGCGUGUAUUUGGGCACAGGGGGCCGGGGCCAGGGCCAGGAGCCCCGCCACCUCCGGUCUGCUCCUCGCUAUCAGCUGCAUACAAUGGACCGCCGCGAGCAGAGUGAGCGACAAUCUCUCCAUUAUUCGAGCUGAAGGGGUUGUGGGGCCGACAGGAGAAAGCCUUUAUUCUGCUCUUAAAAAAAAAAAUCUUCGCUUGUCACUAAGCUGUCUCAGACUCCCGACUUGCACGGUAGGAAAGACCAAGGGGCGCAAAACCUACCCCAAACGCGCUGUGCUUCCCAAACCCCUACCUGGCGAGAUUUAAAGUGAGAGUCAGGAUGAAAACAGCAGUAAGAACAACAGCAGCGACCCUACCUCUGUCAACACAGCGUGACCGUGUACUUCCACCUUUACCCGAGGGCGUGUUGGAGCUCGGAACGCGCGAGCUGUGACAAACUUUUACGCUCUCCGGAGUCGAGGGGUGGGCGGGCGAGCGCGGCUCCCACCCCCGGCGGCGGCCGCGGCAGCGACAGCGGAGGCUUUGUCACUCGGCGCGCCCGCCCAAGCCUGCCUAGGGGAGCGAUCUCCAAACGGGGGGUGGGGGGUGCGAGUGUGGGAUUGGAGAAUAUGUAACUAAUAGAAGUAUCAUUUUCCCUCAGUACGAUCUUUCAAGGGAAAAAAAUCCAUUGAAAGAUUUUCAAAGUGCUGUCUUGGUUUGGAGAAAAGACUCAGGCUGCCUGCGGGGAGGGGCGGAGAGACUGCGCCGAGUGCCGCCCGGGAGCGGCUCCCGUCCGCUAGGUGGCAGCCGGAGCCAGCGAUUCCUGCAGGCCCGGCGGCGGGACCCGCUCCUCCCGCGGCCCCUCCUCCUGCGACCAAUCACCUUCGGGAAUCGGGGUCUCAGCCUCCAGCCCCCUCCCGGGCAGCGGCCCCUCUCCCUCUCCUUCUCCUUCGCUCUCUGCUUCUCCUCCCCCUCUCCUCCUUCCUUUGCUCUUUUCCUAGGACUCCGACUUGGCCUCCCUAACGCACCCCGCCACGAUGCGAAGACUUACUACUGUUUUAUUAAUAAUUAUGGAAGCAUUGUUUGGAGUUUGGAAGAGCCUGGAAUUUUUUUUAAAGGAAAAGCCAGAUUAAUUGGAAAGUUUAUUUUAAAAUUAUCUUUGGGAUGAAAAAGGAACCGCUGAUUCAGUUCCAAAUCGUGGCAAUACUUGCAAAUUUCACUCGUGUGCAUUGUCGUAAUUAAUCCUUCAAAACCAAAAUACACUCUGGAUCAAAAAAUAGGGAGACGCUACCUUUAUUCUGAAAAAAAAAUGACACAAAAUGAGCAGAAUCCAGACUAGGGUUAUGUAUAACAUGUGAAAGAAGAAAACAAUCCAAAUCCAGUCUAUUUCGCAGAUCACUAAAGUGGAGGGGUUGCUUUCCCACUGAAAUGUCCCCCCCAACCAACAUUUUCAAUGACUCUUUUCACGCUCACAAAAUCUAAUUUUAAAAACUUUUCAGAAUAGAAAUAAUUUCAUCUUCUUUUUCUCCUUCUGUUUCCCAUCGCAAGGCAUUCUCCCCCUCGUCAACCCUUCCCCCUCUGGGGCGUGUGUGUGUGUGUGUGUGUGUGUGUGUGUGUGUGACCAUAGACGACCCAUACUAAUCAGGUCUCAGAGUAAAUAGCAGCGCAGGGCGAUCUCCAUGUAAAUUGCGCUUGUCAGAAGCAGCUCCCCCCCCCCCUACUUUCUCUCCUCCUCCCCUCGCUAUCCCAGACUGUAGGUAGCUAAGAGGGAGGGGAAAAGAAAAAAGAAAAAAAAAGAAAGAAAGAAAAAGAGGAGGGGGAGGGGCUCGCCAGCCAAUGGCGUGCAGGAGGCUUGGCUAACCUUAGCCUCCCAUUCUCUCUCCCCCCGAUUCAGGGCUCUGACCAGUCAGUCGCCUUUGAUUAUCAGUUGCCAGCAGCCCUUCUCUUGGCUCCUUGACACGAGCUCCAUAUAAGGCAGCGAUCUCCAUAGAAACGUGUCAGUUUCAAUAGUAGUGUCAAAGUUCACUAUAUACAGACAUUCGCGCAGAUCCCCCUUUCGGAAACACUGCUCUGCGAGUCCUCCCGUUUAAACGCAUUCAAUUUUUGGGUCUCUCUCUCUCUCUCUCUCUCUCUCUCUCUCUCUCUCUCUCUCUCCCUCCUCUCUCUCUUCCUCUCUUCUUCUCUCCUCUCCUCUCUCUCUCUCCCCUCUCCCUCCUCUCUUCUCUCUUCUCUCUUUCCCUCUCGCCCUCUCUUCUCGCUCCCUCUCUCCUCUCUCCCCUUUCUCUUUUCUUACAUAUUUUACUAGUUUCCCCUCUUCUCCUUCUUCCUCUCCUUUCUCUCCCUCCUCCUUGUCUCUUUUACUCCAUUCCUGCAGAGGAGAGAAGACUAAACUUAAAAAAAAAAAAAAGGAGGAGGAGGAGGAGCACCCCUCGUAUUCUUAUCGUUAUUUUAUACAUAUAUGAUUUUUUGGGAGGGAGGGUGUUGGUUCCCGGCUGAAGAGCACUUAUUUAAAAUACUAAAAAAAGAACAUUUUUGGGCGAUCUCCAGGGUUUUUUAACUAGCUCUGUGUGUUAUAGCAGAAGAAGCAGAAGAAGCAGCAAGAAAGGAAAAGAA